GCUUCCGUGGUCGCAGAAUGGAGUGACGCAGAAGCGCCGAACGGGCAGAUCGUUUCAACAGUCAAGAUGGCGACAUCGGAGCCGAAAACAACUGAAACUGAAGAUCAACAGACUGAUGGUCAGGUUGUUGUAAAUCCUGAGCAGUAUAUCAAACAUCCUUUGCAAAACAGAUGGGCCCUGUGGUAUUUCAAAAAUGACAAGAGCAAAAGCUGGACAGAGAAUUUGCGUCUCAUUUCCAAGUUUGACACAGUGGAAGACUUUUGGGCACUAUAUAAUCACAUACAGCAACCAAGCAAGCUUGGCUAUGGCUGUGAUUACUGCUUAUUUAAGGAUGGAAUCAAGCCGAUGUGGGAAGAUGACAGGAACAAGCUGGGAGGUCGAUGGCUGAUGACUCUUAACAAACAACAGAGACACAAUGACCUUGAUCGCUACUGGAUGGAAACGCUCUUGUGUUUAGUUGGUGAAUCUUUUGAUGAGGCAAGUGAAGAUGUGUGUGGGGCUGUGGUCAACGUCAGACCUAAAGGUGACAAAAUAUCCAUCUGGACGAGCAACUGCCAAAAUAGGGACGCUAUCAUGACGAUAGGGCAGCUUUACAAAGACCGUCUGAGCCUCUCCAUGAAAGCCAUGAUUGGCUACCAGUCACAUGAUGACACGUCCAGUAAGAGCGGAUCCACCACCAAGAACAUGUACUCUGUUUGAAGCGCUUUUCCCUCAUUUCAACUUGCUGUAGAUUUAAACAACUACCAAUUUGCAUCAUCACAUUAACUUUUGAGUUGUCAACCACUGUAGUGUCCUUUCCUUUUAUUGCAAAGAGAAUUGUUUAUAGUGUGUACAGCUCCUCCAACACAAGAAGUCAGUGGAGCAAUAGAUAUAUAAAGGGAGGAGGCAGGAAUGAAGAUGAUCCGGCUUAAGAUGUCCUACAUGAGCAAGAGAACUGAAAUUAUUUCCUUUUAGAGUUGAAGAGUUCUGUGAGUAAUAUCAGUGACCUCCCCCUAGCUUCUAGCUGAGAACAAGCGUUUUUCAGUACUUCAUGGCUUUGAGUUCGAUUAAAAAAAAAAUGAUAAAGAAAAGAAAAUUAUAAGACCUUGCUUUUCUCAUCCUGAGUUCUCACUCUUAGUACAGAAAGUGUUUUUCACCUCACAGGAUAAUAAUGGAAGGCAACUUAUAUUUACACAGAACCAGUUUUAAGGGUAAUUUUAACUUGAUUUAUCCAGAAGUGUUAACCAUGAGGCAGGCUUACAGAUGCAUUAGCUUGAAGAAUCUACAGUAUCUUAAAGGUUUGUAAAAAGCUGUGGUCACACCCCAAAGUCUAGGUGUGGCCACACUUCUAGUUUCAGCCAUGCUGGAAUUGUGGGAUACUGCUUGUAGUUUUUUUUGGCCAUUUUUUCUCUUCCCCUUACAUUUAUUUAUAAUGUAUGCAUUGCAGUUACUUAGUUGAAAGACGACCAUGAAAUUUGUGUUUUUGAUUUUUUUUUCUUUUCUUUUUUUUGUUAAUGUGGACUACUGCAUAUAGAUUACAUUUUUUUUACAGUGUACCAUACAGUAAAGAUGCUGACAAAAUUAGGUGUGCUUUUCACUGUUUUCUUCCUAACAGAAACUGUAGAUAAUAUCGCACUCCUCUUGGUUGAUGUGAAAGAAAGAUGAUUAUUCAUUGUGAAAUAAUUUUGCUCAUAAUGUAUCUUUAUUAUCUGUAAUUCCAGGAUGUAUAUUACCUUCUUUCAAGUAAAGGUUAAGUGCUUUGCAUUAAAACUGGA